AUGAAUCCCUCAUUCCAACCACCAAACCCUGUUCCCCCAAGGACUAGCUCUACAGGGGCUACGAAUGGUUCGAGCAGUCCGCCCUCCCACCGCCACAGGACGUCGCUCGGGGAAGAUUCGACGGGACAGACCAAGCACAGACACCAGCGUAACAAAUCCAGCGUGGAUGGCACGAAAUAUAAGGAUGGAACGUGGUCCUCAAAGAAUGAAGAGAUCCUCAUGGGUCCCUAUGACUAUAUGCACCAGCAUCCCGGCAAGGAUGUGCGUCGUCAGCUGAUCGAGGCAUUCAAUUCCUGGCUCCAGGUACCCUCCGAGAGUUUGGCGAUCAUUUCCAAGGUGGUGACAAUGCUACACACAGCUUCGCUACUAAUCGACGAUGUCGAGGACGAUUCAGUCCUCCGCCGUGGAAUUCCCGUCGCGCACAAUAUCUUCGGCACAGCUCAAACUAUCAACUCCGCCAACUACGUCUACUUCCUCGCCCUCCAAGAGAUCCAACAACUGAAUAACCCCACCGCUAUCGACAUCUACGUAAAGGAGCUGCUGAACCUCCAUCGCGGCCAAGGCAUGGAUCUCUUUUGGCGUGACACCCUCACGUGCCCAACUGAAGACGAGUACUUAGAGAUGGUCGGCAACAAAACAGGGGGCCUCUUCCGCCUAGCCGUGAAGCUAAUGCAAGCCGAGAGUAGAACUGGAAAAGACUGCGUGAGCCUAGUAAACGUGAUGGGUCUGAUCUUCCAAAUCUGCGAUGACUACCUCAACCUGUCCAGCACGAAAUACACCCAAAACAAGGGUCUGUGUGAGGACUUGACCGAGGGCAAAUUUUCCUUCCCAAUUAUUCACAGCAUUCGCGCCAAUCCCUCCAAUCACCAGCUUCUCAGCAUCCUGAAGCAGAAGACCAAAGACGACGAGGUCAAGCGCCAUGCUGUGCAUUACAUGGAGAGCACCGGCAGCUUCGCGCACACGCGGCAGACAGUGGCCGAGCUUCGCGAUCGAGCUUUGAAUCUCGUCGAGAUGAUCGACGCCACGCCCCGCAUCAACGGUGCCGGGGACGGGUCGAUGGUGCGUGCAGUGUUGCAUAAAAUUGUGGAGACCACGCUGUCGGACGAAGUUGCACAGUAG